AUGAACGAAAACUCGAGACCUCGUAUUCCAAAUGAAUGGGUAAGAUAUAUGUAUGAAAAACUUGAAAGUGGUGAGUUAACUUACGCAACAGUUUUGAAAAAAGUUCCAUAUUCUUAUCAAAAUGUUACAAUUUUCAAACAAAUUUCAAGAAAUACUCUCAAAAAAGCAUUCAAAGAAAUCGGUGGUACACCAAAAAUUAAAAGUGGUCCUCCACAAGAGGAAUUAACUCCAGAAUUAAUUUUGAAGGUUCAGAAUUCUUAUGAAAAUUACAAAUGUGGGGUUCAAAAAUUGUAUUGGACUCUCAAUAUGAAUCCAAAACAAUUUCAAAUCAGUUACAAUGCAGUUAUUAAGGCAGCAAAAUUUCUGGGAAUUUACAAAGAAAAAGAUAAAAGUAAUCCAAAAGCAUAUUAUGUGGAUUAUGAAGCAAUUCUUCCAAAUACAAUCUGGCAUGUGGAUAUUCAUUUUUUGAAAGAACCAGAAACUUUACCGGUUUAUGGAAUAAUUGAUGACAAAAGUCGUUAUUUGUUAGCAUUGAAAUUGCUUCGUAACAAAAGUUCAACAGAAACUUCAAAAGUGGCAAUUGCAACAGUUCAAAAAUAUGGAGCACCUUUCUGUUUCUGGUCAGAUAACGGUAAAGAAAAUGAGGGAGAGUUCACAAAAUUUUUGAGUACUUAUGACAUUCAAAUCAGAAAAUCAGCUCCAUACAUGCCACGUCAAAAUGGCAAAAUUGAACGCCUCUGGCCAUCACUGGACAAAAAUGCUCCAAA